ACAAACAUUUAACCUGACGAAAAUAAGUGAUUUUACAGUGUUAAAAUGUUUCCUUUUCUUGGAAGGUGUUAUGGGACCAGACGAAUAUCAUUUCAACAUCAAUAACUCAGUUUUUACAAACUACAAUGCAAAACUCAGCCUGGAACUACCAAAUCUUCUUCACAAAAGACAACUGACUCCAGUGAACCAGACGGAAGUGGAUGAGUUAAUGGAGGUCAGCAAGAAGAUCAGGAUUCUGUACGACCGACAAAGAGACUUUCAUCCUCAGUAUGACUCGUUCUCACUCGCAGAGAAAAUCAAACAGUCAGAUGUUGUCUUACUCGGAUUUCCUCUCCAAAUGCCAAUGUCCAGGUCAACAAGAAAAAACGACUUAGAAAUUUAUGAAAAUGUUACAGAUAAAUAUGGACCUGAUACAGGCACCUGGAGCAUGCACACUGUAGGUUGGUUGGAGCUAGGACAACCCCAGAGGGCUUACGAAAACUUCAAAAUGAUGUUCCGAAACAUCAACGGUCCUUUUAAGGUUUUCAGCGAAAAGCCCGCUAAUUCCAGUGAAGGUCCGCGAUGUGUAAAUUUCAUCACGGCAGCGGGAGGUCUUCUUCAGGCCGUGAUAUUUGGUUAUGGUGGACUGCGUUUAAAGGACGACCAUCUACAGGUGUCCAUCACCGAUAUUCCAGGAGCAUCGGAAUGGGCUAUGUAUGAUUUGAAGUACAGAGGGUUCACGUUCGACUUGCAUCUGAAAGAAAAUUCAUUGUCCAUAAAAGUUACGGACUCAGAGGACGAAGGGAUGUCAUUGGUCGUAAUGUUUCGAGAUGGAUCCUAUCCGCUUCACAAAGGGGAAGUAAAGGUUUUUGGAAAUAGAGCCAUAAAGCUCAAAGUGGAGGACAAAAAGUCCCUAAAUAACAUUAGAGAUGGGAAUAGUGGGCAAUGUCACACAUGUAAUAUCUCGGCGAUAGAAAUGUGUCUUCUUAUUAUGAUUUUAUUGCAUUCCAUGUGCAUAGAUUUAUUUUAACAACAAAAGUAUUUAUAAGUUUAUUACGUUUUAAGGUAAAUACAUAA